GUGUGUGUGGAUUGAUUCGUGUAGAUGGAGAGAGAAGAGCUGUAGAAGGGCGAGAUUUCUUCUCCUCCUUGCGCUCGGAUGCGUCUAUAAGCUUGACAUCCAGAUAUUAUAAUAGCUGCGAUGUGACGCGCGAUCUAUUUCCACCGAGGUCUUCGAGGCAGCCCCCUUAACUAUGGGAUUUCAGAGCUACUGAGGGCACUUUCACAAAAGGAGGGAAAAGGGGCCGGCACGGAGAACAAAAGGAGAGGAUUGAGCUUUUGAAAAGAGGAUCAGUUCUUUCGGCCCCAGCGGGGUGCAUGCUGCCCCCUCAACUGGACGUCCUCUUUUGUACGAGCGAGGGAAAAUAAAAGCAGGCAUGCGCAAUAAACUCAGAGAGUUCCGGGAUGGGGGACGCCCCAUGCUGGGACUGAGGGACAGGACUCUUGUGGUGCUGCUGAUGGCUUUGGCGCUGACAGUAACGGACGUCCGGGCUUCCUGGGAUCAGAUGGAGGUUCUGGGAGAUGUAAAGUUGGAGGCGUCUAUGCACUCUGCCGUGCUUUCGGACAUCCGGGAGGCGGAAGCAGUGGUUGCGACAGUGUCGCAGCCUAGCGGAUUCCCAGACUCCUCUGCGGUGGUGGGCAGGGUGUUUCGAUUGAGGGUGCCCAUCAAAGCGAAGGACUCCGGGAGCAUAGUAAAGAUCACAGAAGCAAGCAAGGAUGUGCUCCCAGCGUGGCUGCAUUGGGAUGCAGAGAGCGGCACACUUCAAGGCCUUCCACUAGAGACAGACAAGGGCGUUCACUACAUAUCCGUUUCAGUUUCCAACGAGAGCAAAGUCUCCCAAAGCCCAGAUGUGUUCUCCAUUGAGGUGCACCCAGAGGAGCACGCUGAGACGGACCCUUUUCAGCUUGCAAUCCAGCAAUCGGCAAGCAAUGAUGCCCAGCCUUUCAUCUGUGGCAACGAGGAGCCUGUUACUGUGCUCACUGUCAUCCUUGACGCUGACCUCACAAAGAUGAGCUCGAAGCAGAGGGUGGAACUACUUGCCAAAAUGAAAAAGUUUUCUGGCAUGGGGCUUCAGCACAUGAAGAUUUUGCCUGUGGUCAACAACCGCUUGUUUGACAUGUCUGCUUUCAUGGCAGGACCAGGAAAUGCCAAGAAAGUGGUUGAAAACGGAGCCCUUUUGUCCUGGAAGCUCGGCUGCAGCCUGGAUCAAAGCAGCAUUCCUGACAUCAGCAGUGUUCAGGUUCCAGCAAAAGAGGGGACUAUGUCAGCGCAGUUGGGGUAUCCGGUUGUUGGAUGGCAUAUAGCUAAUAAAAAGCCCCACGUGCCCAAAAGGGUGCGAAGACAGCUCAACAACACCCCCACUCCCAUUCCCUCAUUACUCCCUCCAACAACUUACCCUGAGCCUCCCAUCCGUAUCGUUCCAACUCCAACCUCUCCAUCUAUUGCUCCUACCUCAGAGAGUUCUGCCCCACCUGUUCGUGGUCCCGUGCCCCUUCCUGUGAAACCUACCAUUCGAAACAGGGAUUCAGCUCCCUCCACUCCAACCUUAGGCCCCCCUCUACCAACGCGAGUAAUGGUCACCACCAGCACCAUCGCCAUCCAGCCAACAAUGACCAGGCCUGUGUAUGUUGGAGCCUCUGUUACCCCAGCAACACCCACCACCAGGAAACCUACAAAGAGACCUCCAAAGAGACCCAAGACAACACCCAUACCAAGAGAACCCAAGACCACGACAACCAAGCCACCAAGGCGCAGCACCCCUGCAGUUAUUGUAGUCGAUGGCAAUAUAAAGCCUGAGCUGCGUAACCCAAUUGAUCAGGUGAAUGCGUAUGUCGGCACCUAUUUUGAGGUGAAGGUUCCAUCGGAUACAUUUUUCGACAAAGAAGAUGGAACUACUGAUAAGUUGAGGCUCACUUUGCGCAAGGGCAAUGAUGUGGUCGGGGAUGAUUCCUGGAUACAGUUCAAUAGCACAAGCCAGUUACUGUAUGGAUUACCAGACCCAGAGCAUGCAGGGAAACAUGAGUAUUUCAUGCAAGCAACUGACAAAGGAGGUCUCUAUGCAAUGGAUGCCUUUGAGGUCCGUGUCAACGCGUGGGGAAACAAUGUUAAGUCACCUGUAUUAUUUACCGCUGUGUUUGAUGGGGAUGCACGUACGGUCACCAAUGACAUUCACAAGAAGAUCCUUCUCGUCAAGAAACUGUCCCAGUCUUUUGGUGAUCGCAACAGCAGCACCAUUACGCUCAAGAGCAUCACCAAGGGUUCCAUCAUAGUGGAAUGGACCAACAACAGCCUUCAGCAAAGCCCGUGCCCAAAAGAGCAAAUACAGCAGUUGAGCAGAAAAAUCUCCGACCCAGAGGGCAAACCCUCAUCGAUGUUCAGAUAUGCCAUGGAACCAGACUUCAGGCCCUCAAAUAUCACCGUCAGAGGCACAGCAAGCUGUCGGAACUACAUGUUUGUCCCGUUGGGUGAGAUCCCAGAUCCGACCCCCUCUCCUGUUACUCCCGCUGUGGGUGCGGGAAGACAGAGCACUGAUGAUGUGUAUCUUCACACUGUCAUACCAGCGGUGGUGGUUGCAGCCAUUUUGCUGAUAGCUGGAAUCAUCGCCAUGAUUUGCUACCGCAAGAAGCGCAAGGGCAAGCUAACAAUCGAAGACCAAGCGACUUUCAUCAAGAAAGGAGUACCCAUCAUUUUUGCAGAUGAGCUCGAUGACUCUAAACCACCCCCAUCUUCCAGCAUGCCCCUUAUCCUUCAGGAGGAAAAGCCUCCGCUUCCUCCGCCGGAGUAUCCCAACAUGGCUAGUCCAGAGACAACACCUCUGAACCAGGACCUUUUGGGAGAGUACACGCCUCUACAUGAUGAGGAUCCCAACGCCCCUCCCUACCAGCCACCACCACCCUUCUCCACCCCAAUGGAGGGGAAAGGAUCCCGCCCCAAGAACAUGACCCCCUACAGAUCGCCACCCCCUUACGUGCCACCCUAAUGUUUGCCAAAACCUCCGGAGCAGGAGGAUGGGGAACUUUUUUUAGUUCCACACCAGUGUGUUGUUUCUUUGCAUUAUGGGAUUUUUAGAAGUGGGGAUGCUGCAAACUGGGGUUCGGGGUUUGAAUGUAAUGGGAUGUUUUUUGUUAAACAGGACUCUUGAGGAGAUUUUGGGAGGGUGGGGUAAGUGGAUAGUCUGCAAAAGGACAGCAAGAACAACCUCAGCCUCUGACUACUCUGGUUAUUGCUAAACUGUUGGGGACAGGACUGUACCCUCCAGUCGUGGCGCUUUUGUGUCUAGAUGGGCUUUUUGACUAAUUAUGGGUUUUGUUUGAAUUCAUUUUGUUUUCUGUUUUGUUUGACUCAGAAUCAAAACUCCUUGCCUAACAGCACUCUUUCUAUCUUCUGAAUUCGUUAAUCACGAAUAACAUAAGCGGACAAUAAAGCUGACUGCAGGUGCAAAAGGUUUCAUACAGAAAUUCAGUAACACAAGGGGAAUAAAAGAAUGGCCUUGAGGGACUUGGACGGCGAAUGCGGAGAGUUUUGUGGGAUGUCGAUUCAUUAUGGUUUUGCCUUUUAACAUGAAAUUAAACUGUUUUUAUUGUUAUUCACUUGUCUAGUUAAAUCACUACAAAGAAGAGGUAGCCAAAUUGACUUUCCGUUUCUUUAAUCCACUGUACAAUUGAAAGUUAUGCUUAAUCAUCUUUAAUUUUUGAUCAUAUAUAUUUUUAUUAUGUAUUUUUUUUAAGUAUUACACUGAGAUCAACACUAUUUUCCACCCCUCGAUUCUGAAAAAAGCUAAAAAAAUGAUAAUUAAAUCACUGAGGAAGGUAUCACAGUGUGUUCUGACUUGAGAUUUGUGCUAUGUAGAUUCUCGCCAGCAAUGUGAAACUUUUGGAGGAGGUAAUCUCCUGAGUGAGUCCUCUAUGCAGAUUCUGCCUUCGACCUGACAGGCCCGGAGCCCAGUAUUGAUCUCACUUAAUCAUAUUUCCCAUAGGCUACGAAGAAAUCUUGUGAUUUAAUUGGACGUACAGGUUGACGGUGUCUUUGCAUCCUUAAUUCUCUCGUAAGGCGACAGCAACGGUGUCGAGCACCCUCAAGUCAAAACAACCAAUGUACGAUUCCACCCAAGCUACUGACAGUCAUCCAGACAGAUUACUCAAUCUCAGACUUGAUUUAAUCAGAACAAGCUCGGGUUUCGACGAUUUGUAGUUUCUUUAUUUUGUUUUUCUUUGUUUUUUAAUCUUAAAUAUCUAUCUAUAUAUCUAUAUCUAUAUAUUUCAGUGAUGAUUAUGGAGUAUAUGCCUUGGAUUCACUCAAAAUAACUCAAAAUAAAGAUUGAAGAUUUUGAUAACGGUGA